UCUCGUUAUUCCACAUCCGGCUGUUGACAUUCUUUGUGGUUGCUGUUUAUUUCAACCUUGACGUGCUAGAUGUUUUCUCAGAGAAAUCAAAAUGACACUUGAAGUCGCUGAUGAGACUCUUGAGAAAGAAGUUGAUGUUAUAGGCCUUGGAUGUUCAAAGGAAUCUUUCACCGAACACUUGGAAGUUACGAAACUCAUCGACGAAUUGAAGAUUUCAGUUCAACAACAAAACGACCCGGCAGAUAUUCGCUUGGUGGAGAAAAACUGGCAAAAGUUCUCAUUCAUUCUAGAUCAGUAUCAAGAGCAACCACACUUGAUCGAUUCUCAUCUCGAUGGCCUCCUCACAAGAAUCGUUAGCAUCGUCCGAGAUGAAGGACUUCAUUAUGAAGUUAAACAUGUUGCUUUCCGUUGCCUGUACCAUAUAUCAAAAGUUAGGGGUUACAAGGUUGUAGCAAGGCAUCUACCACAUGAGGUGGCUGAUCUUGAGCCUUUACUAAAUUAUUUGGAAAACCAAGAUCCUGUUUUGCAAUUAAAAUGGGAAACUCAUUAUGGUUUACUCCUCUGGCUCAGCAUUGUUGUCAAAAUUCCUUUUCAUCUUCAGCGAUUUGACACAAACACUUCAGAGCCAAUCAUGGAAAGGAUACUGAAUGCUUGUAAAAAAUAUGUGGCGGAGGCAACAAAAGCACAAGAUAUGGCCUUUUAUGUGUCAGCCAUCUACCUUACGAGGCCUGAUGUCAAAGAAGCUUUCCUACCCGGAUAUAUCCAAUGGGCUCAUGAGGUUCUACUGAAAGAAAACGCUCAGUUUAAAAAAGGAGUUAUCUCUACACUGUCGGGCGUAUUCAAGCAUGGUCAGCGGGAGCAGAUGAUGGAUUACGCACAUACUGUACUACGUACAAUUCUGACAGUUAAAUUUCAUCCGUCAGAAUUGUUAAUUGUUAAAAAGCCGCUAGUGAAGUUGAUACAACGAAUAGGUCUAACGUUCCUGAAACCUCGCAUUGCAACCUGGAGAUAUCAGCGCGGCAGCAGAUCAUUAGCAGCCAACCUCCUCCAAAGCCAACCCGCCGGAAAUAAAGUAUUGACGCCGGUAAACGAUGAAGACGACGACGAUUACGAUGUACCAGAAGAAAUCGAAGAAGUCCUUGACGAAAUUCUGCAAGCACUCCGAGAUAAGAAUCGUGAAGUCCAAUACUCUGCUGCAAAAGGAAUUGGUCGGCUCACCAGCCGGUUGUCAAAGAACUUUGCUGAUCAAGUCGUUGAAUCCAUUAUGGAAUUCUUUUCCCUACGGGAGUCCGAUAUGGCAUGGCACGGAGGUUGUUUGGCUUUGGCUGAAUUAGCACGACGUGGACUGUUACUGCCCCAACGGCUGUCCUCUGUUUUGCCUUACGUGGAGCAGGCCAUGUUGUACGACGAAUUGCGCGGUAACUUUUCCGUAGGCUCGGCCGUACGUGAUGCGGCAUGUUACCUGUGCUGGGCUCUGGCACGCUCCUACGAUCCGUCUUUGCUCCAGCCCUUCGUACACCAGUUGGCCAAAGCGCUAGUCAUCACCACCGUGUUCGAUCGUGAGGUCAACUGCCGCCGGGCAGCUGCCUCUGCUUUCCAGGAACAUGUCGGCCGUCAGGGAACUUUUCCGCACGGCAUUGACAUCCUCACAACUUGCGACUACUUUGCCGUCGGCCUGCGCAAAAAUGCCUAUCUCCAACUCAGCCUCUUUGUAGCACAAUUUGAAGAAUACCGCCCUCAUCUGAUCCAACAUCUAGUGGAACGUAAAAUCGUACAUUGGGACACGAUUAUUAGACAACUGACAUCUCAGGCGUUACAUCAAAUGACGUUUCUGGAUUCCGAGAACAUGAAGAUCAUCCUUUUAACGAAAAUUCUUCCUCGCUGCACAAAUCCCGAACUAUAUUUGCGACACGGAAGCAUUUUGGCCAGUGGAAAAAUUAUUAACGCCCUUUGUCAAGUAGCGAAGGAUAGACAACGGCCGUUGACAGAUGAAUUUGAUCAGUUGUUGAUGGAAGCCAUUAUCAAUACUUGCAACGAUAUCUUGAAUGAACGAUUUUGGCGAAGCUUUGGUGGUGAUCAGAUGCGCAUAGCCGUUUGCCAUUUUGUACAAGAUCUAAGUUCUGGUGGCUUCCCCUUGCCCGACAGUAUCGUCAAUCAUUGGCUAAAAGCAUUGCGUGAAUGUCUUGCGUCGUCCGAUUCAAACGUUCAACAGUCGGCCGUCAGUGCGGUCACUGCCUUAAUUGGCGAAUAUUUUCAGCAUCAGUCUGUCGAGAAACUAACUGCCUUGUUGAACCAUUUCUUACCGGAAGUCACGAGCAAUAAUCAACAGGCGAGGGUGGGAAAUGCAUUGGCUGUGGGCUCCAUGCCGCGCUUCCUCCUCACCGUCUCUUUACCCCAAGUCGUUAAACAGUUGUGCGUUUGCGCCCGCAUCACGGACAAAACGUUGCAAUGGGCAGAAUCUCGAAGAAACGCUUUGACCGCGCUUUCGCUUGUUUGCUCUACCGUUGGCAUAGCGCCGUCCAACUUGGAUGGAGUUGAUCAAGAAAUGUUUGCAGACAUAUUCCGCACUUUAAUUGACAGUCUCGAUGAUUACACGGUGGAUAGCCGAGGUGACAUUGGCGCCAUCGUUCGGGAAUCAGCCAUGUCAUCCAUUCAGGUUGUUUUGGUAUUGGCCAACACAUCUCUACCACAACUCCUUUCACCGGAUAUGGUCCGUUCUGUUUUACAUGCAUUGACAAAACAAUCGACAGAACAAAUCCGUCGAACGCGAUUGUUAGCAACCGACGUGUUUUCGACUCUCAUAUACUGUAGUGAUCCUGCCAUUCCUCACGUAGAGCAACUCGACGAGUUACGUUCCAUCAUUCCACCACCACCCCUGGACAUUUCUACUGAGAAGGAAUGUUUCGAUUUGUGGCUGAAGGUGAUGCAGCUCAAUUCGUAUCGCAAAGCCGUCAUUGCAGGACUCAUCUCCAGCAUCGGAAGUCUCACAGAAAGUUUGGUCAAAAGUUCCAGCACUCCGUUUUUGAGUUAUCUUCGUCAACUGGUGGCAGAGAACAAAUUGGAUGAGUUGAAUCUAAUUACCCGAGAUAUUUUAGACGUGUUUAAAGAAAAUUUAAACAAUGCGCGGUUAAUGCCGUAUCUAUUUAAUUUUUUGGAUCACCUCUUGUCCUCCGGAUGUCUGGAUGUUGUUUUCAAAUCUAUUUCUCUGUCAUUAUUGACCCUGAUACGCACUGAGAUGACUAGCGGCAGUAAGCCGUUAAAGUUGCUGAUUUCGUCUGUCGAUUUGUAUUGUCACCUACUCAGAGGCGAUCAAGUCACGUUCGACAAGUCAAUCAUUCAUCUUCUCAAUCUGCUGGUGAACCGGUUCCCUCGCGUGCGCAAAAUCACAGCCACGAAGCUGUAUGAGACGCUUCUUACGCUAACUGAUAUUAGUUCGACACUGGCUAACCACCAAGAUGAGAUCCUUUCCAUUCUCAGCGACACAGACUGGGACGAGGACGUCGAAGUCCUUAAACCUGUUAAAAAUCAGCUUCGCUUACUAUUCAUUCCCUCCUCAAGUCCUUAAGGCUUUCAACUAUUUAAUAGUUGCUUGUGAUUCACCAAAUUGGCGCAGUAGUCAGAAACUGCCUUGCUGAGUAGUGAUUGCAUUUGCUUGUUAUUCGGUUGCCCAACCGUAUCUUGGAUAAAUUUCAUUUCAUAUUUCAUCCGGUCGCAUGCGUCGGUAAAUUAAUUUCUCUUCUGGUAUAUCCAUCAACCAAGCAGCUUUACGACGUCCUAACGAACCAUGCGAGUUGAAUGAGAAAUAUAGAAAGAUUGUUUCAGCUGUAA